AUGAAGUUAACGAAGUGCGCCAAAAAACCAUGUCCAGUUGAUGGAAACUAUGGUAACUGGACAAAAUUGUCGCCAUGUAGUGCCACGUGUGGUCAGGGCGUUGAAAUCUGGAUACGAUCCUGUGAUAACCCCCCGGGAAAAUAUGGUGGAAACUGCAGUAAGCAGGGAACGGAUCAUGAAAUUCGACUGUGCGCAAAGAAAGCUUGCCAGGUUGUUUCCCACACCAAGACGAUUGGUUUCAUCGUUGCUGCUACAUUUGUGAUUGUCGUCGUAAUCCUAAGCUAUCUUUUCAUUCGUCGCAAACGACGUGGAAAAAGAGGAAUUCCGUUUUACGCUAUUGUGAAAUUUUCUUCUCAACAAAUCCUUGGUCAACAUCAGCCUCGCGAAAACGGCGAACUACUCCCCUGUAUAAGUCUUGUUCCUUCUAAUGAAAGGGCGAGUACGUCACAAGAGACUGGUACUGGUGUUUUUUAUCAAAACUUGACAACUGAUGGAGACCCGAUUCCAGGCCACUCACGUGGUGUUGUAAACCACGAAGGAGAUUACGUCAAUACAGGGUUAUCGCAAAGCUCAUGGUAUGAUAGACUUCAGUUUUUACGACCAUUAGCUAUUGGUUGGCUACGAAAUGCGUGGGGGAAUGUUGACGAGGAUGGUCACCAUGUUUAUGAUGGUAUGCAACGUGUCAGACAAAUUUUUGUUCCGUACGACAAGUUGGGAAAUACUGCGCAGGAAGACUCGGCCAAAAGAAUGGAGACAAAUUAUUCAACUUAUGAUACACCUGAAAGACCUCCAGUGGUCAUAGCUCAGUGUCAAGGGAAGACUUCUUCAACGACUGAAAUUGCAUGAAAUAUUGAAAUAAAAACGUUGCUCCUAGUCUAAGAGGGGUUUAUUUUGCUUCAGCAAUAACUGGGAAAAUUUGUUGUUAGAAAAGAAACCAAUCACUUUAUCUCUUUAGUUGUGCCUUUUCUAAUUAUUUUAC